AAUAAAAAAAGACACAUUACCCUUCACACAAAAAAAGACAUUAAUGUAUUUUAUUUUUUGUGGUUCACACUAUCUUUGGAUUUGAAGCUUUUGUUUUCACUCACAAUCUCUCACUCCAGCAGUAGAACAACCUAAGAUUAUUGAAAUUGUAAAUGGCUUCCAUUAUUGCAAGCUUGCCACCACCAUUGCUGCUUCAUGGCAGAAAAUCAUUUCAAGGGAACUUCCAAAAUUUCCCUGUUUCUCUUCUUUCAGGGAGACGGAGCAACAUUGCAUUUGUUGUGAAGGCUUCUGGAGAAAGUUCUGAAUCUUCAACUUCACUUACUGUUUUCAAAUCUGUUCAGAGUGUUUGGGAUACACCUGAGGACCGGUUGGGACUAAUUGGUUUGGGCUUUGCAGCUGUAGUAGCACUUUGGGCAUCAACAAAUUUGAUAGCGGCCAUUGACAAAUUGCCAGUUAUCCCAAUUUCUUUAGAACUAAUUGGAAUACUUUUCUCAGUGUGGUUCACUUAUCGCUAUCUCUUAUUCAAGCCUGACCGGGAAGAACUUUUUCAAAUCUUGAAUAAGUCGGCUUCAGACAUCUUGGGCCGGUAAGAUGUGCUGCCAAAAUGUUGCUCUAGAUUAUGAUUUUAAGUGCAGAUUGUCCUUUAUCAGUGGCCAAAAGUUCACUCCUAUGUAAAAUUACAGUGCAAGUACAUAAAUGAAUUGAAGCUGAAAUCCAUCCGUUGCGUUUGCUUUGUGUACAUUUGAAAACGAUUUGAACAUAAACAGUUAAUUUUGCUGGUUAAGUGUUUUCUUAAAACAACUUUUUGCUUA